GGAUAUUUUCAAUAGAUGACCCCUUGGAGCCUGGUCUAGACUAGUUGGGACGGGUCAUCCUACCAUUCCCGUCUGUGGAGAGGGAACAGGGUGGUUCUUAUUUGCCAUCAGAGCCGAAGCACUUGGCACAUUACCAGACUUAGACCAUACAAAUGGAUUUCUCGCACACGUUCUACGGCGGAGCUAAUCCCUACCACUUCAUCGGGAUCCCUCCCUUGACUCCGUCCCAUUCCAACUCGGCCGCAUCCGACGACUUCAACGCCAACAGCAACAGCACCAAUAACAGCCACUCUCCCCAUGAUGUUUAUGAAAACUUCCAGAACAGUGAUCACUUCCCGCCGAGCUAUGAUUCGUACGCUCAGUUCAAUCAAGCCCCAGCCUUCCACGGGCCUCCCGGGCCGCCGACCCCGCCGACACACCCUCUGCACGGCCAGAAUGGCCAGAACCAGCCUCAAGCGAACGGGGUCUCAGGUGUGAAGAAUGGCUCCACUGACCUACUACCCAUGGCAAAGCCGGACCCCGACGGAAGUCGGCAGACGGCGUCUAACUCGGACGAGGAUGAAUUGACACCCGCACAGUCCCGCCGGAAGGCUCAAAACCGGGCUGCCCAGCGCGCGUUCCGAGAACGCAAGGAACGCCACGUCAAGGACCUCGAGGCGAAGCUGGCGAGCCUAGAAGCAGCGCAGCACCAGACAGCCAGCGAGAACGAGAAGCUGAAACGUGAUCUGCAGAAGAUCAGCACCGAGAAUGAGAUCUUGCGUGCGACGUCGAAUGUCCACGCCCAGAACGGUUCUGUGUCCCCGGCUGUGACGACGACUACAGGACCUAUGCAGUACAACCCAACGGACUUCUACUCGGACCUUCUCCAAAACCACGCCAACAAGACCCCCAGCCACCGCAUAGUGGAGUCGGAUGGCGAGCGCCUCCUGGCUGCCGGCGCUACGUGGGAUUACAUCAUCAACCACGAAUUAUUUAAGAAGGGCCUGGUCGACGUCGGGGACGUGAGCUUGCGACUGAAGUCCCAAGCCAAGUGUGACGGCCAAGGGCCCGUCUUCGAGGAACGUGUCAUACUCCAGGCCAUUGUGGAGAGUGUCGCAAGUGGGAGUGACGAGCUGUUAUGAGUGGACGGAUGACUGGAGUCGGCCCGAGAGACUAAGGUGUGACGAGAUGACGACGUGGAACGGGAAGAGUCGAAGUCUCCUCUCGCACAUCUAGGAGAGGGAGCGGUUACGGGAGGGGGGGUAUGCUAUCGCACCGCGGAUUUCA